AUGCCUGAUCCAAGGGGAACACAGUUAAAAGUUAAUGUAAACCCAGAGACCAUUUAUGACAUUCUUGAACGGAUCGGAAGAGGCUCUUUCGGGGAAGUUUAUAAGGGUGUGGAUAGAAGAACAAGAGAAGUUGUAGCUAUCAAGCUUAUUGAUCUGGAAGCAGCUGAAGAUGAGAUUGAGGAUAUCCAGCAGGAGAUCAAAGUUUUGUCUCAGUGCAACAGCCCGUAUAUCACAAAGUAUCAUGGUUCUUAUUUGAAAGACACUACACUAUGGAUCGUCAUGGAAUACUUAGGUGGUGGAUCGGCACUUGAUUUAAUGAAACCGGGACCUAUACCGGAAGUUCAUAUAUCCACUAUUUUGAGAGAGAUAUUAAAGGGACUAGAUUACCUACAUAGUCAAAGUAAAAUUCAUAGAGAUAUUAAAGCUGCUAAUGUCCUGCUUUCCUACAGUGGUGAUGUAAAGUUGGCUGACUUUGGCGUCGCCGGUCAGUUGAGUUCAACUAUAACUAAGCGUGGCACCUUUGUGGGGACCCCAUUCUGGAUGGCUCCGGAAUUAAUUCAGCGAUAUGCGUAUGAUUUUAAGGUAGAUAUAUGGUCUACAGGAAUUACAGCCAUUGAAUUAGCUAAAGGCGAACCACCUAAUGCUGACCUACAUCCAAUACGUGUUCUCAUGCUUAUCCCAAAGAACCCUUCUCCUCAGUUGACUGGCGAUUUUAGUAAGGUAUUCAAAGAUUUUGUAGAUUGCUGCUUGACUAAAGUUCCAGAAAAUAGACCAACUGCACAUGAAUUGCUACGUCACAGUUUUAUUAAAAAGGCUCGUAAAACAGCUUUUCUGCAAGAGCUAAUUGAGCGCUAUCGAAAAUGGCGUGAUGAAGGUGGAGAUGAUGAUGCAGAUGGUGAAUCUGACGACGAUGGACUUGUUCCAGACGAGGAAGAUCUUGUAAAUGCUCAUCCAAAUACUCCUGGAGCUCCUGUUGGUGCUGAAAAACCCGGUCAAAAGAAGAAACAUUUUGAUGGUAUGAGACCGGGAAAAGCGUCUGAUACAUUCAAGUGGAAUUUUGAAACAGUUCGUGCUAUGCCAUCACAGUCUGCACAGGUUUCUCAUAAUCCAGGUUCAGCUUACUCUUCUCCCGAUGUUUCUACUACCCACCAUUCUUCUUCAUCGUCACCAUCCAGUUCAGAUGCCCAGUCUGUUAUCAAGCGAACAUCUGGUGGUCCUGCACUUGAAGCCGAACGACGUCUCUCUGAUGGAUAUGAAUCACGUCCUGCGAACCCUGCAAUAGGGGGACCUCUUCAUUCGGGGUUUCAACCUUCACAAAUUGGUUUAUGUACAACAGAUGAAAAUUCUCGUGUCCAAAUGUCACGUUCAGCAAUGAAUUCAAAUCAGAAUACCACUGGUCUUAAUGCAUCUUCCGGCCCUACUAAUAUUCCGAUUAUCCGGCCACAAAAUGCUCAACCUGUUACUAGAAUUAUGGCUAGCGAUAUUCCUCAGUCUCGCCAAGUUUAUGUUGGUGAUCCUGGACACUCGAAAUUAGUCAACUCAAAGAAUAUUUCUACAUCAGCUAAUAACAAACCUCAACAUAGUCAAUCACCACCAUUGGUUGUAAAUCUGAAUAAACCAUCUUGUUUCCAUCAGCACGUUUUACCUUUGCUUCAGGAUCUUCAAGAUGUUUACAGUCAAGUCACUAGUGGUGCUUCGGAUCCGAUCUCCAAUUUAGCGGCUACGUUUCAGGCAGUUGAUGCUUCGUCACCUCAGUAUACAACCGAAUUUUUAGCGGAGUUAUUAACCCGUGUAUUGGAUAGCAAUCCACGAUUAUCUACCAAUGUUAGGCGUCGUGUACUAGAUCGCUUACGCAUGAAUUCAUCCGACUCUUAA